CGGCUCCUUUCCCCUCCUUCUCUGACUUUUCUUCCUUCUCCAACUUUUCCUCCUUCCCUUCCCUUCCUUUCCCUUCCCUCCCUUCUUUCCCCCCGGCGAUGCCCUUGGAAGCCCUCCUGCUUUCCCCCUGGGGAGGGGUCUCUGGGCGGCCCCCCCUCCGCCUGGCCCUGGCCACUGGGCUGCCCCUGGCGCCCCUCUCCGCCGCCUUCUUCGCCGGGGGGCUCCUCCUGCUCGCCCUCCUGGCCCCCCCGCCCCUCGCCUGCCGCCCCCAAGGCGCCCACAACGCCUCCCGCCACCCCUCCUGCCCCUUCCAGGCAGGAGGAGGAGGAGGAGGAGGAGGGGGGGGCCCUUCCAACGCCAGCCGGGAUUCUCCUUGCCCCCCAACAGGGGCCCCCACCUUGCCCCUCCGCACCACCGUCGUCACCCAGUGGGGCUUGGUCUGCUCCGACCACUGGAAGGUCCCCUUGGAACAAGCCACCUUCCUCCUGGGGUGGAUCCUUGGCUACCUGAGCUUUGGUUCAACCUGCGACAGGUUCGGACGCCGGACCGCCUUCGUCACCUCCUUCAUUCUCUCUGUCCCGCUGGGCUUCGCGGUCUCUUUGGCCACAAGUUACGCCAUGUUUGCUCUCAUUCACCUGCUCUUUGGGGCAACCUUGGCCGGCGCCUUCCUCUCUCUCUAUGUUGCCAGGCUGGAGCUGUGUGGGCCUCCGCACCGGCUGACGGUCACCAUGUUGUCCAGCUUCUUCUGGGUGGCCGGAGAGCUGCUCCUGCCCGGUCUGGCCGUGGCCUGCAAGGAAUGGCGCCUCCUGCAAGCGGCAAUAACACUGACCCUGGCCCUGAUGGCACUCUGCUGGUGGUGCCCAUCGCUGUUCCCAGAGUCAGCCCGCUGGCUGCUGGCCACCCACCAAACGGAGAAAGGCAAGGCAGCCCUGCGCAGCUUAGCCGAGAGCAACGGGGUCCAAAUAGAAGAGGAGCAACUCUUUGCAGAAUUGGACAAUCUGUCUGAAGGGGAACCCAAGUACAGCAGCAUCUGGAAGGUGUUUUGCACUCGGGUCGUGUGGAAGAACAGCCUCAUCCUGGGAUUCACAACGUUCAUUGGGAGCGGGAUCCGGCACUCCUUCACUCGCAACCUGGCCCCUUUUGGCCCCCGUUUCUACUUCCCCUACUUCUUGCCGGCCGUGAGUGAGGCCCUGGCCCUGCUCUUCCUCUGCCUGGCCGUUGACCGCUUUGGCCGCAGGGCUGCCCUGCUCUUUGGCACCAUCCUGACCGGGGUCUCCUCACUGCUGCUGCUGGCCCUGACCCAGUAUCUGAAGUCCUGGCUGGUGCUGUCCUUCUCCGUCUUGGGACUUCUGGCUUCUCAAGCCGUCUCUGCCCUCAGUGUUCUCUUCGCCGGUGAGGUUCUGCCCACCGUGGUCAGGGGGGCCGGGCUGGGCCUGAUUCUGGCGGCUGGAGCGGUGGGCUCGCUGUCCACUCCACUGCUGGACAUCCACGACAGCCGGGGCUUCUUCCUGCACCACGUGGUCUUCGCCUCCUUCGCCAUCCUCUCUGUCCUCAGCAUCAUGCUCCUGCCGGAGACCACCUUGAAGCCCCUGCCGGACUCCUUGCGGGACGGAGAGGAACAACGCCGGCCACCGCUCUUCCGGCCCAGGCGCCGCUCCGGGCGACAGGACUACUUGCCGUUGCUCUCAACCCGCUCCGGGGAGCACCACCACCACCCCUACGGCCCUGAGAGCUAUGCCCGGCUGGUCACGGCCACACAAAAAAUGCAGCUCGGAAGCGGUCGGCCAGCCGUGCCCUCAGAGCUGGUCCCCAAGCAGGAGUUGUAGAAGCCAGCGGACCUGAUGGGACCACGGGGCACUCAGAAAAGAAAGAAAGCCCUGCAAACGGGGGCAAGGGAAGGGGAUUUUGGGGGUCACUGAUCCCAAGAGGUGUCCACAGGAGCCACAGACCCACACUUCCCCCUUGUUCAACCUCCAUUUCUUUUGCCUUUUACAGGGAAAAAGUGGUCAGAUUCUGUAUCUUUUGGACUCUGGUGCCACUCGUAUAGUAGCCUCUGAAUAAAAUUGUGGGCCACCUUUGUAA